ACGUUAAAUACGGCAUUAGAAAGGCAAAACACAAAAAAACAACAAACAACGAGAGAAAAAUGAGCUACAAUGCACUAUAUGCAGUAUGCACACUGUAUGCAAGCCUGAACAAGUGCGAUUUAAUCUGGAUUAAAACUACAGAGCCGGCUUUCUUAAUACUGCGACGCUAUUUUGGGUUUAUUUCGUUAAUUUAGCUCAUUUGUAUAUAUUUUUCUUGAAUUGUGGCGCGGUGUUUUUGGACUUUUAUUUUGGUUUUAUUUUGAAGGGUGACGUUUCUUCGUCGUUUUCUCGCGAGAUCUGGCGGCACUGCCCGUGGCUUGCUUGGUUGCUAUUGGUUACCGAAGUUGACAGCGGCCCCGCUACUCGAUUAGCUGUAAAUAUUGGAGCAAAUAAUCUAAUAAAAGUUUGAAAUCGCCGUAAAUUCGACGCUCUGAGCGCUUUAGUGAGUAAAAUGCCUCCUAAAAGAGUGAAGAGCGGGGUGAAGAGUGCCGGAGCGGCGGGAAAAGACUGGGAGCGCUCGCUCAGCGCCGCCGAGCUGGAAGAGGAGGGCUGGAGGGUUUGUGUGUGUCUGGUUGUGGGAGGCUGCGCUGAGGAUGAAGUGUGUGUGAACGCUCUGAAUCAGGCUGUUCAGCAACCACUUAGACAACUCUUCACCCUGCUGACCUGGGAGAACAUCCUAGAGAAGAUCAGUGAGUUGGGGAAUCCAAAGACACGAAAGAUCAAAGAGCCUCCAAUGUUUUUUGAGGUUACGGAGAUGGCAAAGGCAGUGCUGGAUGCUGGAGAGGAGCUCUCUGAGGACCUGAUGGCGAAGUUGGUGAAGUUUCAGUUGCUGACCAUCAAAAGCAGCGACCUACAGAGGAGAGCGGCGCUAAAGAGAGUUGUGGAGGAGAGGGCUAAAGGGAAGGCAGGUUCAGCAUCUGCUGCUAAAGAAAAGAGUGGAGCAGCUAAAGGCUCAGCUAAAGGAGAGAAGGGCAGGAAGGGUCCCGAACCGCCCCCCACUAAAGAGACCAAACUCAAGCGCAGAGGAGAGGAGGAUGACUCCAGCAGAUACAUCGAUGAUGAACCAGACGAUGGUCCUCAGCUCUACGUCCUGAUGACCGGUUUCCACCAGCCUCAGCUGAUCUCUGCUCUGGACUCUCUGGGUGUCCAUGUGUCCACCGUGAUCAGACUGACCUCACACAGACCACAUUCUCCUCCACCAACUGUUGAGGAACAGGACAGUGCAACACUGCGGUCGGGUCAGGAGCUGGAUGUGUUCUGGUCUCAGCUGGACAGAGUUCUGAACAGCGGUGUUGUCGGGUCCAAACUGCAGGAUGUAGUAAAACUGGACUAUAGUGUGGAGCAGAGCCGACUGUCCAAUGAUUCAGACAGUGCUCAUGAAACGCUGGCACUGGGCGUGGCCGUGUUUGAGGAUGUGGCCUGUUUGCUGUAUGACAGUUUGGAUUGGAGGAAGCAACACAAGCACUAUUUGAGCAGCAUGAAGCUCGUCCAUGUCCCGCAGGCCUGCGGAACAGAACGACCCGAAGCACCCGGCGAGGCUGCACAAACUCCAGCCCCACAGUCAGGACAGAAGAAGCCUUCAUCAAAGGAAAGAGCUGAUGUGGAGCCUGUAGGCCUCAGUGUGAAGGUGGAUAUGAGGCUGUACUCUGACCUGCUGGACCAGAUACCGGCCGAGGUCGUCUCCGUACCGCUCGUACUGCACUGCAUGCUGGAACAGGUCGUGGCCUCAGAGCAGGACACUUUAGCUGGACUAACUGACUCAGAGCAGCGUGUGGACUCGACUGACCACGAGCUGACUGCCUACAUGCUGUCGUCUGUACUGACGCUGCCCUGGCCGGAGCAGGAGAGAAAGAAGCUGAUGGAGGAUCUUGGAGUUGUGGAAGCUGAUCAGAGGAAGAAAGAGCAGACGGGUCCUUCACUGCUGCGCCAUCAUGAUGAAAGAGCCAGGAAACUGAACCUCAUCAAUGUGUCGGGUGGGUUGGAUGUUGUUGGUAUGGAGGCAGUGAUGAGGGAGAAGAGCGCUCUGUGGAUCCAGCUGAUGUCUGAACAUCUCAGCAGCUCCAGCCUCAGCGUGGCUAGGAGGCAGGAGCUCCUCCACCACUGCUCUGAUGAUUCUCUAUCUGUGACGGAUGUUCAGAGGUUACUGCAGAUGUAUGUGUUUGAGAGCAUGCCCCUGACCACAGUAGAUCAGAGCGGUCACCUCAUACCACACUCUGACCCUCUGACCCCUUCACCCUGGGAUGACCCCAAGUCUUUCGCCCAGCAGCUGUACAGGACACAGGGUUCCAGAAGAAGCAGAGUGGAGCUGGAGGACAGAGCAGACGAAGAUGAAGUGACCGUAGCAGAUCUCCAGAAGAUGCUGACUCGACGGCUGAGACACUGGAACUUCAUGGAACAUCACAGUUCAGAUGUUUUCCCUCAGGUCCUCCAGGUGGCGUCAGAGUCUUACAGAUGUGUGGACACUUUCGCCAGCAGCCACGACAGCACCGUAUUCAUCAUCUGCCACAACCCCAUGAGCCCUCAGAGGAGCAGCAGGGAAUGCUGGGAGGUGGCUCUUCACACUGAUGUUGGAUUCAGGAAUUAUCUGGAGCACGUGGCCGAGCGGAUUAGAGACUGGACCAUAGCAGAGGAGCAAAAACAUCAGGAGCAGAAACAACAAAGAGAAACAGAGAUACAGACACCCUCUCAGAUCUGCAGAGAUCUACAGAUCAAAGAGACUCCAGCAGACUCUCCAGUCCCAGAGCAGACAGAGCUGUAUAUAAGACAAGACUCACUUAAAGCGUGGAAGCUGGAGCAGGAGAGGCUGAGGGAGGAGGAACUGUCCAAAAAGAUGAAGAAGGAGAAAAGAGGGAAAUCUUCGGCUACAGGAGACAGAGACUCCGCCAGAGAGAGCAGGAAGACAGCAUCACCCAGCAAGAAAACCACAGAGGAGCCCAAAACACCCGAAAACCCCAGACCACCCGCCGACACCAGAGAGGACACCCAGACACCCAGAGAGAGCCCACCUGUGUUCAUAGGUUACAGUGUGGACGGGAAGCUGCUGCAGGUUAGAGGAGAGACUCAGUGUGUUUAUCCAUCAGACAAAGGACAAAUCGCUGUGGAGAAAGUUCAGUUUGUACAAGGGUCAACCCAGCUGAAAGUGUGUGUCAAAAAAGACGGCCACUGCUUCUACACACACGUGUACGAGCCGCAGACACAGAACAGCAUCACCGCGGGAACGUCAGCUGGUCAGAUGGAGAGACAUGGCUGUUUUUAUGCUGUUCUGAACAACGGCAUCCAGCUUUCAUACAGCCGACCACCGGUGACCACAUCCAGAGAGUCCUGCAUCAACCCCGACCCCUUGGAUUCAGAGCAUGUCGCUGGUUUUCCUCCGAGUCUGUACGUCUCCCUGCCCGCCGGCCUCCACAUCAGCUUCCAGUUUGAAGACACAGCAUGUGGUCAGAGUGUGUGUGUUAGACAACAGGAAACUGCAGGACACACUGUCUCUCCUCUGGAAUCUACAGAGUUCUCGCGCACCAUCACCUGUCAGGGUUCAGUCAUAAAGUACAGGACGGACGGAUCUACUGAGGUGCUGUUUGCAGACGGUACGGUCAGUAACAGUCCAGACUCUGGACCUGUCUGCGAGUUGGUCCCCAGCAGCCCUGCACAGGAGGAGGAACCUGUUAAAGACACGCCCACAGAGAACAAAGACAUCAAAGACAAGAAAGGGAAGCUCAGCUCUAAGCCGGCUGUGGGAGGAGAAGAAGUGUUUGCAUCCUUGCUGACUGAGGAGGGUAACAGGGCUCCAGAGGUGACAGGUGUCUCCUGGACCACCACCACCCCCUCUGGCUUCAGAGUGGCCUCCGUCGGGGGAAGACGGGUGGAGGUACAGCCAAUCAGGACCUUCCACGCCACUGACCCUUUCAGCCAGAGUGUUAUGAUCUCAAGGGAAGACCGCGUUCUGUCAGUGCUGGAGAAGGACGGGGCAGCCGUGGUCGAACAUGCGGACGGAACAAGAAUUACCACCUUCUACCAGCAGAGGGAGCCACCGCGACAGCACAGAUCAGGUGUAGGGGGCAGCAGUGAGCUCAGCAGGGAGAAGCUGGUGAGGGUGGAGAAAAGCGGCUCUGCGACGGUGACGUCAAACUGCGAGAAUAAAAAGUGUGAGGUUCUCCUUGGAGACGGAACCGUCAUCACCGCUAACGCACAUGGAGCAUACACGGUUCGUCCCUGUAGUGGAGGUGUUCUCCACAUUGGCGACGGUGUUGCUGUGUACAGCUCUGAUCCAUGUGAAACAGGACCUGAAGGAGACCAGCCUGGUCAGUAUGUGAUGAGUCACAGUGCAGAUGUUCUCUGUCGGUUCACUGACUCAGACGGAACCCUCUACCAGGUCACUGCGGACGGACGGGCCUCUGUUAGAGUCUCAGAGCAAAACACGCUGACUGAGCUUCAGCACAGCAGCAGCUUCGACACUCACCCACCCCGGCUGUUCGUGUCAUAUUCUGACGGUUCUGCUGUGGAGUUUCUCUGUGCUGAGGCUGCAGAGGAGAUUCUGAAUGAAGCUUAUUCUGAUCCUUCAGUUGCUGUGAUUAAAGAACCUCUUCCUCACUCACACGAAGUGUUCGGAAUCACGAUCCUGAAGCCAUUCUCUGAACAUGUCCACUCCCGCUGGCUCUUACCCAAAAAACAGCCUGACAUCAUUCCUGCCAACCUCAAAAACCGGCCGUGGGACAACUUCCCCGCCUCUGAGAGGAAGACUGCAGGUCCUCCAUUUGGAGCCACUCUGAUGCGAGGUUUGGAGGUUGAGAAGAGAGAGAAACCCUGGCUGGUUCCAGCAGCGCCGGUUCUACGGUGUCCAGAUACAUUGCUGAUCCGCCAGAUUACCCAGAAUCCUCCUGUCACAGAGCAGCUGUGGGGGAAACUGCAGGAGAAUCUGCUGGCGUAUAUAAAGCAGCUCCUGCAGAGAGAGAAGCUGAAGGAUGAGAUGCAGCUGAAGGAGCCUCGGACGGCGGAGGAGAAAUUGCAUCACACCAACCUCCUCCACCUGCUGCUGUCUCUGCCUGACUCUGAGCGCCGGCUGGUUACCAUGGAGAUGCAUCCUCAGUCCGCAGAUCUUGCCUCUCUGUACACUGAGGCUGUGACGGCGGUGUCCCAAUGUCCAGUCACUGACCAGCAGGAGGAUGAAGCUGUGGAGCGGGCGGAGGGUCAGAGGCAGGAGCAGAAGCAGGACUCUCUGUGGAGGGACAGGAUUGACCACCUCAGGUUUGAUCUCCAGGAGGAGAGACGAUGCCGCCAUGCCCUCCGAAACCACACCAUCACUCCAUACUUCCACCCAGAGCUGCAGGAGAUGCCUCACUACAUACAACAGCAGCUGGAUUUGGCGUCUCUGUCACGAGAACUUCCUCCGUUCCCCAAAAGAAGAACCUCAGAAGCUCAGACCAGCUCAGACUCCUCCAACUGAACCAGCUCAGCAUCUCUGAGCUCUACACCCCGGAAUCUGUUCUACACCUCCUGUAUGUUCUUAAAGGAGAUGGUCCUUCUGUAAAGACAGAUGCUCCUAUAUAGAACCAUCAACACUCAAAGAAACAUCUGCAUGAUUUAAAGGUUCUCUGCAUGGUAGAAUGGUUCUUCAGAUUGAUGGCAAAUGUGUUGUUCUUCAUAGCACAAAAAAAGGUUCUUCUGCUGUUACGAUACAAGCUUGUUAGAAUAGUAGAACCAUUUUUGGUGCUGUAUAGAACCCUUUUCAAAAAGGUUCUAUUUAGCACAUUUGUCUUUAAUCUAAAGAACUAUUUUAUGACGCAGAAAAAGAGUGUACAUCAUCCCUUUAUGUAUUCUCUUCAGUUAAAAGAUGAAAUUGUAGCUCUUAAUAAUCUGCCGUGACAUGUUCUCACCCGAUUAAUAAAGAUUUUAUUGGACAUUUUA